CAAUUCACUUCUGAGGAAAAAAAGAAAAAGAAAAGAAAAAAACCAAUCUAGUGGAGUGGUCAAUAGCAGCUCAAUGGACCCAGCCCUGGAAAGCAGUGAGUUUGUGAACAGAACGUGGGUCCAGUGUGAGAAUGAAAGCUGCUUGAAGUGGAGGUUGCUGCCUCCGGAAGCUGCGGCCAGGGUGGAGCACAGCCAGCCGUGGUAUUGCUUCAUGAAUGCUGACUCCAGCCACAACAGCUGCUCAGCGUCUGAAGAGGAUUUUCCUGCAGAGUCUCUGUUCCUUGAAAGCGGGUAUAAGUUCGUCUAUUCACAGCUUCCUCUGGGAAGCCUGGUUUUGGUGAAAUUACAGAAUUGGCCAAGUUGGCCAGGGAUACUUUGUCCUGAUCCUUUCAAAGGGAAAUACGUGAAGUAUGACCAGGAUGGAAAUGUUGAAAAGUAUCACAUAGAAUUUCUGGGUGACCCCCACUCAACAGCGUGGAUAAGUGCAACAUUUGUUGCGCAUUAUAGUCUCUCAUUAAAGACAGCAGCGUGUACAAAAAGGAAGAGGUGGUAUGUAAGUGCCCUUGAGGAGGCGUGCCGACUCUACAGGCAUUCUCCUGAACAAAGGUUACAAGUGUGCUGCCUGUCAAAUCGGGAUAGAGCCAGAGCAGAUGCCAAAGCUGCCGAGGUGACCGAGAAGAGGAUGCAAGUUUCCAAAACUAAUACUGAAAAGAAAACGCCCAAGGUUAGAAAGAGGAAAAGGAAUGCUGCUUUAAAAUGCUCUGUUGAAAAUGUGUGUUCCGAUGAAGCCUUGUCAAAGGAAAAUAAAGUUGUCUCUGAGACGGAAAGGUUACUGAAGGAGCUGGAGCAAAUGCUGGAGCAAGCUCAAGAGCCCAUAGCCUGGGCCGGUGGAGCAGGCCGCGCACAGUUGUAUCGGUGCAGCCCGGAAGCUCCCCCAGGCAGUCCAUUUCAGAGCUACUGUGAAGAGGACUGUUUUAUGAUUGAUGGGACAGAACUAAAAGCUGAAGAAUGUAUUGAGAACAUAACUAACAAUUUUAAAAAGAUAGAUGCUUUAAUAUCUGAAUUUUAGGGUGUUAUUCAAGUAUUUCCAAAAGUUAAUUAAAAAAUU